AUGACAGUUCCAUCAACAGUUGCGUCAAGUGAGACAACAAUAACUUCUACGACAUUUGAUGCUAUUAAUAAAUCACGAGUGCGCCGUCAAAAAGCAAACACGCGAGAAAGGAAUCGCAUGCACGGCUUAAAUCGUGCGUUGGAUAAGUUACGUCAACGUGUCCCAAUAACAACUCAACAUCAAAAACUUUCCAAAAUUGAAACGUUACGAUUAGCAAGGAAUUAUAUAGCUGCACUGGAUCAUAUUCUGGAUAGUAAUGUACAACCAAGUGCUUUAGAAUAUGCAAAUAUGUUAAGUAAUGGAAUGAGUCAAACAACAACAAAUUUAAUUGCAACCUUACUUCGUGUACCACCUCGCUUACUUGCAUUAACUCAACAGCAGCAAUAUCAUCACCAACACCAACAUCAUCAUCAACAGCACCAACAACAACAACAACAUCAACAACAACAACACCAGCACCAACAACAACAACAUCAACAACAACGUUAUCAACGCUUUCCUUGUUAUCAUCCAAAUUAUCAUUCAUAUUUACAAGAGGAUGAAUAUAAUCAUCAUAAUCUUACAUCUAUCUUAUAUCCUACUAAAUCAACAACUAAUCUUUCGGAAUGCAUUUCAUCCAUUCAUUCAUCAAACUUAAAUCAGUAUAGUAGCUUCAUAGAUGCUAUCAAUGUGCAACAUAUUGAAUCUAAUCAGCUUAUCCCGAUACAAAUGUCAACAACGUCUAAAUUUCAUUCAACAUCAAAUAUUCCAGCAGAUAUUUGUAAAUAG